AUGACUGAGAAUAACAAUGAACAAAUGGAUGUCGGAACUGGUACAACUGACAACAAUAUGGUUGAUGAUGUUGUUGCUGAUGCACCUACAGCUAGUCCGAGUUCUGUUGAACCUGUAGCUGAAAGUUUAACUUCAAAAUUAAAAUUAGCAAUAAAAACGCCUAAAGAGAAAAAAGAUAUAUCAAUUGAUGGUUCAUCCUCUGUUAAACAACUGAAAAAUCUUGUGGCUAGUGAAUUUAAUACAUCCAUUGAGCAAGUGUGUCUGAUUUAUUCAGGUAAAAUUCUCAAAGAUGAUGAGGAUCUGAAAAAACAUGAUAUCAAAGAUGGUGUUACUCUUCAUUUGGUUAUCCGCGCACCUAAAAACGAUCCAAUGUCAACAAAUACAUCUGAAAAUCCAGCAGCAGUACCUAGUGAUACACAAGCUUCUGCUAAUAAUCCGAAUGCAGCACAAGCAAAUCCAAGUGGUUUUCCAUUCGGCCUUGGCUUAACAGCUGGAAUGGGAAAUUUAAAUUUUGCUAAUACAAAUUUUCUUGAUAUGCAACAACAACUCCAACAACAAAUAAUGAGUAAUCCAGCCCAACUUCGCCAAUUAAUGGAAAGUCCAAUGGUUCAAAGUAUAACUAGUAAUCCAGAUUUAUUAAGAUCAUUAUUGCUUAGCAAUCCACAAAUGCGUGAUCUAAUGGAGCGUAAUCCUGAAAUAUCACAUUUACUUAAUAAUCCUGAUUUACUUCGACAAACAAUGGAAUACGCUCGAAACCCAACAGCCUUACAAGAGCUUAUGCGUAAUCAUGAUCGCGCUUUAAGCAAUCUUGAAAGUAUUCCAGGCGGUUUCAAUGCUUUACAACGUAUCUAUCAUGAUGUACAAGAACCCAUGUAUUCAGCAGCACAAGAACAAUUUGGUAAUAAUCCAUUUACACAAUUAUUUGCUGGCAAUGAUGAAAACGCAUCUGCAUCACGUACAGAAAAUACGGACCCGUUACCAAAUCCUUGGGCACCUCGGGGCACUGGUACACCAUCAGCUACUGCACCUAAUCGUCAACAGCAAUCAACUGGUGUACCAAAUAAUCAACAACAACAAACACCAUCCGCAAUUCCAACUGGUGCUGCCGGCAGUUCACCUGGCUUAAUUUCCCCAAUGAUGCAAAAUUAUAUGUCACAAUUAGUUCAAAAUCCUCGUUUACUCGAAAGUGUUCUUAAUGCACCAUAUAUGCAACCAUUAAUGGAUUCUCUUGCUGCCAAUCCAGAUAUAUCAAGACAAAUGGUUGCUAAUAAUCCAAUGUUUGCUAAUAAUCCAGAAUUACGUGAACAAAUGAUCAACGCUUUACCAGCUAUGAUGGAACAAAUGAGAAAUCCUGAAGUACAAUCAUUAAUGCAGAAUCGUGAAGCACUUGAAGCUAUUACACAAGUUCAAGAAGGACUCCAACGUUUACAUACAGCGGCACCUAAUCUUUUCCAAGCUGGUGGUUUACCUGCUGGUCUUCGUUUUGGCGCAACUGGUUUAGCUUCACCAAUUGUUACUGGCAGUUCAGCAAAUGCUACUUCUACUACGUCUACACCUUCAACAGCAGCAACUAAUCAAGCUCCUUCAGCAGCGCGACCAGCUGGUACGACAUCAUCAUCAACUGAUUCAAGCAACUAUGCAGGUGUAUUUGCUCAAAUGUUGAAUAUGAUGUCAAAUCAAAACAUUAAUACACCACCGGAUCAACGUUAUGCUGUUCAAUUAGAACAACUUGUUUCAAUGGGAUUUACUAAUCGUGAAGCGAAUUUACAAGCACUUACAGCAACAAUGGGUGAUGUAAAUGCUGCAGUUGAACGACUUCUAGCCCAAAUCUAA